AUGAGUCAGAGCAUGGAGGGCCAGCCCGCGACGGCUGCAUCAUCUCCGGCAUGUGUAGUCAGCAAAACCUGGCGCAUCAGCCCCCAUGACCAGGAAACAAGCUUGUGCCUCCUGCCUACGGAUCAGACCUCCUGUCGUAGGAGGGCCUGCCACACACCUGGAGGGCAGGCCUGCUUGGGACAUCUUCCUGUAGUCCGACUUGAACUCCUGCAAAAACCCCACCUAGCAUUCCCAGCCAGUCUUAUCACCCAUGGGGGGCCAGGUCUUCAAGCAGCUCAGCGUGCAUGUGGGCAGCGUGGUCCCGGCCCUCCAGAGCCCCAUGAAGGCAACACGUCACCUGGCGAAUGGCCCUGGCAGGCCAGUGUGAGGCGACAGGGAGUACACAUCUGCAGUGGCUCCUUGGUGGCAGACACCUGGGUCCUCACAGCUGCUCACUGCUUUGAAAAGGUGGUCACAACAGACCUGAGCACCUGGUCCGUGGUCCUGGGUUCUCUCAAGCAGGAGGGGCUGAGCCUGGGGGCUGAGGAGGUGGGAGUUGCCGCUCUGCAGUUGCCCAAGGCCUAUAACCACUAUACCCAGGGAUCAGACCUGGCCCUGCUCCAGCUCACCCAUCCCUCGGCUCAGACAACCCUCUGCUUGCCCCAACCCACUCACCAUUUCCCCUUUGGAGCUUCUUGUUGGGCCACUGGUUGGGACCAGAACACCAGUGAUGUUUCCAGGACCCUACGGAAUCUGCGUCUUCAGCUCAUCAGCCGCCCCACUUGUAACUGUCUCUACAAUCGGCUGCACCAGCGGCUGCUGGCCAAUCCAGCAAGACCUGGGAUGCUGUGUGGGGGUGCACAGCCUGGGGUGCAGGGACCCUGCCAGGGAGAUUCUGGGGGCCCUGUGAUGUGCCAAGAGCCUGAUGGACACUGGGUCCAGGUUGGGAUCAUUAGCUUCACAUCAAGAUGUGCCCAAGAGGACACUCCCGUGCUGCUGACUGACAUGGCUGCUCACAGUUCGUGGCUGCAGGCCCACAUCCACGGGGCAGCUUUCUUGGUGCAGGCUCCAGGAAUUGUGGAGACGAGUGAUGAGAACAGCUGUGUGGCAUGUGGCUCCUUGAGGAGUGGAGGCCCCCGGGCAGGAGCCCACUCUUGGUGGCCCUGGGAUGCCAGGCUGAAGCACCACGGGAAGCUGGCUUGCGGUGGAGCCCUGGUAUCAGAGGUGGUGGUGCUGGCUGCUGCUCACUGCUUUAUUGGGCGCCAAACCCUAGAGGAAUGGAGCGUAGGACUGGGGGCCGGACCAGAGGAACGGGGCCUGAAGCAACUCAUUCUGCACGGGGCCUAUACCCACCCAGAGGGUGGUUAUGAUGUGGCCCUCCUGCUGCUGGCUCAGCCUGUGACGCUGGGCCCUGGCCUGAGGCCCCUUUGCUUGCCCUAUGCUGACCACCAUCUGCCUGAUGGUGAACACGGCUGGGUUCUUGGGCUGGCCCAAGGAGCAGACAUCAGUUACCCCCAGACAGUGCCUGUGACGGUCCUGGGACCAAUGGCCUGUAACAAACAGCAUGCAGGCCCUGGGAGCACAGGUGUUCACAUUCUGCCAGGGAUGGUAUGCGCCACUGUUGUGGGUGAGGCGCCUCACUGUGAGGACCUACCUGGGGCACCACUUGUACAUGAGGUCAGGGGCACAUGGUUCCUGGCUGGACUGCACAGCUUUGGAGACACAUGCCAAGGCUCUGCAAGGCCUGCAGUUUUUGCAGCACUCUCUGCCUACGAGGACUGGGUCAGCAAUCUAGACUGGCAGGUCUACUUCGCCGAGAAGCCAGAGCCAGAGGCUGAGCCUGGAAGCUGCCUGGUCAACUCAAGUAUGUUUGUCACUUCACUCUUCUUUAGCUCUGGCUCUCACCCAGCGGAAACACUGUUCUGACGCCUCCAGCUGUGUGGGCCAGAGCACAGACAGACCCACAUGGACUUUAGGCAGCAUGGAGUCUCGGGUUCUUGGGUCUUCGGGUCUCCCAUACACCACGGGGACCAAUAUGGAUCAUGCUUCUACAAGGGAAGUAAUAAAACUACAGGGAUGGAGCAAAAUUAAUUUCCUUCUUCUCCCUGACAGGCCAAGCAGCCAGUUGUUGAUGGUGACUCUUUAGUUUGCUCACAGGACGCCAGAAAAGCCAGGCAACUCCCACGUCAACACCCAGUUUUACACGCCUGCCCUUCCCCUGCCUGUCUUGUGGUUCCCAGCCAGCCUGGAGGCAGGCCUGACAGCCGUCUGGCUGGGAAUGAACCUGCCCA